AUGCUACAAAAUUUAUAAGUAGAAGGCAGGGAAAUUAGCCAGGAUUAUUCGUAUGAGUGGGUGAUGGGUUAUCCUGAGUUGGCGAGCAUAGAAAAAGGGAUUCCCAUCACUGAGUUUAGUGAUUAGAUUCAAAGUCGAGAUCAAGAAAUGGAAUUCAGAAUUUUGAGACGUCUAACUGAAACACAAUAUCACAAUGAUAACCUAUAUGAUUUUCACCCCGAUAUUCUAAAGUUGAAUCGAUAUAACAACAUCAUUCCCUUUAAACAUUCAAUAGUGAAGUUGAGAUGCGAUGAGGAAGAGAACCAAAGGGAAUCAUAUAUAAAUGCUGAUUACAUUAAUCUAAUAAAUGGAAAAGAGAAAAUGAUGAUAGCCACUUAAGGUCCAGUAACUUAGACGAUAGGACAUUUUUGGAGAAUGAUUUCAUAAGAAAGUGCGUCAAUGAUAGUGAUGCUUUGCAAUUUGAAGGAAAAUGGGAAGGUUUAAUGUGAGUAAUACUGGCCUAGAAAUAUUGGAGACAAUUUACUUAUUGGAAAUAUUACCAUAAAUUUCGUUAGUCAAGAAGAUUUAGGAAAUAACAUAAUAAAAAGGACUCUAAAAAUGCAGGAGUAAAAUGGAGAGGAAAAAUAAGUGACUCAUUUGCAAUGGUGUGGAUGGCCAGAUCAAGGAGUUCCAAAUCACAAUGACUUUAAUACAAUAAAGGAAUUGCUCACUCAAAUUUUGGACAGAGUCUUGAAUGAUCAGAAGGUCGUAUUCCAUUGCAGUGCAGGUGUAGGCAGGACAGGAACAUUGAUAUCCUUGGCGAAUCUGAUGAUCAUUCUAACGAUGUAUCAAUCCUAUGUCGGAAAUGACAUUGCGAAAAUAUCUGAGAAUCCAGAGGAGUUCCGCAUUUCUAUUUUUGGAGUGGUCAGAAGAUUGAGAGAAUAAAGAUGGGGAAUGGUGCACACAUCAGAACAAUACCAAUACGUAUACAAAUUCAUAGAUGAAGCUAUAAAAUAUAUGUUUUCAUAACAGUAAUGA